CACGUGACAGUUCACCAGCAUUGAUUCAAGCAAUAUUUAUUCUGAUGAUGAGACUGUUACAUCAAAACCUAUCUGGAAUUUGCUUGCACUGUAUCAAUGCUUCUGAAAUGAUGCACUCCCAAGAGUCUGUCGGACAUUUGGGUGUUACAGAAAAAUAAUGAAGGACACAUUGGUCUGCUUGUCUCUUUUCUUUCAGGCAAUGUUUUUUGGUCAUGCGCUGCUAAAUGAAAACCCCUCCGACCGGUUUGGCUUCAAAUUCUUUAACUUAUACUGUAUGUGCAGCUCACGUGAUGGGCUGGCAGUCUUGAAGAACACGCGAUAAUAUUUUCUCUCUAAACUGCUGAGGAGUAGCGCUGCUCAGGGGUAGUGAUCGGACUCCCGAGUCUCCACGGGAAUAAAGUCCCGGCGUCUCAGAUCAACUCAAGCUGUCUCAGAGACCGGAUGGGACCUCAGCUGCUCUUUAUCGUCGUUAUCGGUUGCGUUAUGCUGGGUGUUCGGCAUGCAGAAGGAUCUGAAGCUAAACAAUGUCCCAAGGACAGCUACAAAACCGAAGAUGACGUGUGUUGCGAUCUCUGCCCUGCAGGAACAUUCAAGGCAGGAGACUGUUUGACUGAUGGAGGAAUCCGUAAAUGUAUUCAAUGUAUUGAAGGGAUUUUUUACACUGACAAGCCAAAUAAUGAAUCUGCUUGCUUCGACUGCACACCCUGUUCAGAGGGAGAGGAGAUUGUACAAGAAUGUAGGAAAGAACAUAACACAAUUUGCCAAUGUAAAGAAGGAUACUACAGAUCGAAUGGACAGUGUGUAAGCCUUGUUGCAUUGCGCGGGGGAUUGUUUAUAAUGGUGGUGAUCGCCUGCAUCAGCAUCAUCAUCAUCAUCAUCUCUCUUUGGAGGUUUAAAGCAACAGCUCGAGCAUGGAUAAAUAUUCAAGAAAAGAGGGCUCUAACUGAAGCAAAGAGGGGAUUUACUGAAGAAAAGAGGGCUCUUAAUGAAGAUUUAACCAAAAUGGCUCUUUUACGAGAGCAAGACAGCGCCUUACUAUCUGCUGAACAAGCGCGACUCAAGAAUUAUACAGAUGAAGAACGGUUAAGACUACUCAAAUAUGGAUGCUCACCAACUCUGAAACCGAACAUAGCCCAUCAUAGUCUAAACAUUUCUUCAGAUCUAAGAACGUUGACACGGACUCCCGUCUCUAAAGGUCACCAUGUUCGUGAAAAGAUGUUUGCCAUCCAUUACCAAUCCCUGUGCUCUGAGAGCUUCUCAUCGGGUCAGCACUACUGGGAGGUGGACAUGAAUAAUUCAGGGUUAUGUCGAGUUGGUGCUGCAUACGGGAACAUCCCACAGUCCAUCUUAGGAUUGACUGAGAAGUCAUGGUGUUUAAUUAAAAGUCACGACACAUAUUAUGUACAGCAUGGUUUUGUAGAGACUUCACUGUCUGUGAGAGAGUCUCCACAGAGAGUCGGUAUUCACAUUGACUGGGAGAAUGGGAUGAUGUCGUUUUACAACACCGACUCCAUGCUACUUUUACACAGAUUUUCCCAUCAGUUCUCUGAGCCUCUCUACCCAGCACUAUAUAUUGGCAGUGUUGAUGGAUCAUUGACAAUUAUUGAUCUGAGCGUAGUGGAUGAGCAUAGUGAUUGUGAAGUACUUGAAUAACAGUCACUACACAUAACACAUUUACCAUUAUUUAUAGUCAGUAGAAGUACAAUGACAGGGUGCCACCUGUUGGCCAGGAGGGGUAAUUUCGAGUAUUGUUGCGUUAUAUUAUAACCAAUUAGAAGGGGGGCGUAUCUGGGUUAAAGGUAAAAGGAAGGGUCAGUCGGGAAGCUCCGGGAACCUGCUCGAAGGUUCUAGAAGGGAGUGUGGCCGGAGGCGGGGCCUGGCCACACCUGGAACCAUAUAGGGGGGACGUGACCGAAGGUUCGGGGCUGUCGUGGGGUCCCGGGUCCUGGCUGUGUCGCUGCUCGCCAUCCGGCCGCAUGGCGGAUCCUUUGCACGGCUCCCAUCGCCGUCGUCGCUACAUUAGUCAGCCAGCUAUGUAGUUAGACUCCGACAAUAGGGCUAUGUAGAAAGGUCGGCUGUGUGUAGUUAUGUAGAUACGUUUCCAUAUGUCGCCUAGUGAUUGUGCUCAAGUGUGAGAAAUAAAUAAGAAGCCCUCUCCA